AUGAGGCAGCACCCUCUCCUACUCGAUCAACGGUUUGAUCGUAUAGUCUUUAACUUUCCUCAUGCUGGUUUCAUUUUCCCUCAUGCUGGUUUCAUUUUUAUGGAAACCCAGAAGAGCCAGAUCAAGUUGCAUCAGGAUUUGGUGAGGACAUUCUUCAACAGCGCAUGUGAGAUGUUGAAAGGAAGUGGAGAAGUUCAUGUCACUCACAAGACCUCACAUCCUUUCAGUAAAUGGGAGAGAGUGAAAUUAGCAGAAGAGGUUGGGUUAUAUCUGGUUGAGGAAGCCUCGUUUUCCAGAGGGGAUUAUCCAGGUUAUUUGAACAAGAGAGGGAGUGGGAAGAAAUGUAAAUCGCACUUUCCCUAUUGGUCUAUGCAGUACCUACAAAUUUGCCAAGCUACCACUUCUUGA